GAGCAACGAAGCGACUGGCAACGUGACUUGUCUUCCGGAGGAAAAAAAUUUAAAUAAAAAGAUAGAAAAAAAAACAAGCAACUUUUUUUUCGCGCUAAAUUUUAAGACAAGAAAUAUUAAAAACAAACUCACAAGUUUUUUCAAUUAUAACUAUGGAAGAGGAAACACAUCACCACGAAGAGGAAGAAGAGCAAUAUGUGGAAGAUGAUGGGGAUGAGUACACAGGCCCCGGCGAACAAGAAGUUGAGAAGCCAUCGAAGGAGGAAUUCAAGGUCGCCAAAUGGAUGAAAGCAAACGUCAAAUCAAAGAAAACGAAAUUCCUCAGCCAUAAUGUGCAGUAUUUCAUAUCGAAUAAGGCGCUAGAUGCCUUGCUAAAAUCGAAAUUCGCACAAGGCGAUAACGCGCUCUUCACCACACGUGAACAGGCUAUCGAAUUUUUGGAUGUGAUGUUGGAGCAUAAAUUUUUCCAUCGCGCCAAAAAAGUGCCCGUCUCGUUGGAGGAGAUGCGCGGCAGUGGGGCAACUACAGGUAGCAAAACAACGAAAAACAAAAGUGAUGAAAAAGAGCCACAGCACAAGAAGAAGGAGAAAGAUGAGAAGAAGGAUACCGAGGCUGAAGCCGAAGCCAGCGGUGCCAAUGGCAUGGGUGAUGGCAAUAUAAGUGCUGGUGCCGGCAGUGGUGGUGGCGGUGCAGUUGAGAAGAAAGAGAAGCGCAAGCGAAAAAUACGCUUGGACAUGCAUCAUGAACAGGUUUUCGUUGAUGGUUCAGAGCCGUACAUUUGGAUUUAUGACCCCAUACCAAUACACUACUGGAUUUACGGUCUAAUUUUAUUGCUGGGCGCCAUACUGAUUUGUUUGUUCCCACUCUGGCCACCACUUUUGCGUAAAGGUGUCUACUAUUUGUCUGUGGCGGCGGCUGGAUUCCUCGUACUCAUAUUGACUUUGACAGUAAUACGGCUGAUUGUUUUCAUUUGUUAG